UUGCAGGCUGCUUUCUUCAAUUCGAAAUUCUUUCACGAGACCGUAACUGCAAACAAUCUGUCGAUUCCUUGUGGUCGAUUCCAGCAAUCGUUCAGGAUCGAUGAUCAGAACGUCUCCUAUUUGGUAUUCGUGACGACUUUCGUAAGAGGACGGCGAGUGACAGAACUUUCCGAGAAUGAACUGUGUUUGGUAAGUAGCAUAAUUCAUGAACUCGUAAUUUCGCUUGUUAUCGAGGAAAACUACGCCAAUAUUCACACCUACCAAAAUUCGUUAGAACACCAUCUUUUGCGGAUUAUGGAAGAUGCCGUAGAAGGAGAAUUGGGUCACUACUUUUCUCUGCCAAAGGAAGUGAUGCCACGAGUAAUCAAAGACAAGUCUGUGACAGCCAACGACCAUGUCAAUAUGCUCCGUGCACCAACUGAUCGGGUCAUCUGCCACGGCCGUCUCACUGCUGAUAAUUGUGUUUUUAGAGACGGUUUCCCAGCAAUUCUGGUGGACAUUACUGAAUGGGAGAACGUGCAUUUCGGGGAUGUAGCUUUCGAUCUCUCACAUCUCAUCAUCUCGUCAGCUGAGCCAAAUGUGAGAAGGAAUAAAUAUAUGACUUUUUUGAGAUUGAUAAUCAUGGUUGUAUUAUAUAAUAUUGUUUUUUAUUUCUAUUCGAGAGCAAUUUAA